UAUACCAUGGAUCAUGUAAUUAGGAAUUGAAUAAUUAUGUAAUCAAUAAUUGAUGCUCCUACCUUAUUUUACAUAUGGUAAUAGAUUAUAAAUAGGGACUAUCUCUUAGAAGAGGGGGCAUCCAGUAGAAUUGGAACAAUUAGCUCUAAGUAGCUGUGGGCAAGAAUUUAUUAUUGUUGGAGGGAUAUUCUUUGAAUUCCCUUGUUUUUCUUUCCUUUGGUUUUACUUUGGAUAUCAUAAUCCCCUAGAUUUCUUGAUCCUGUCUCUUUACUCUUAUCAAUUGGUCCGACCUGCCGGAUAACAUGACACAAUUGGACUCAAGAGUUGACGCAUUAGAGAAGAGUCAGGGAACAGGACACGCUGAAUUGUAUCAAGGACUCACCAAGUUGGAGGAAUCUGUCGCUAAACUAACCAAGGCGGUUACCUUGUGGCUGCAAAGUAAUGGGCAUGACGUAUCCAGUCUUGUCACCAAGCCUGGCUCCAAGAUUGAAUCCCCAAUAGAAAAAUCCCUCACCACCAAACCAUCUCUCUACCCAGCCACCACAACUGGCCCCCAACUCACUACCAUGAGGAUUCAAGUUCCUAACUUCAAUGGGACUGAUCUGAGUGACUACCUUGCUCAAGAAGAGCAUUCCUUUGCUAUACAACAGACUCGUGAAGAAUUCAAGGGCACAACAACCUUUGUUAGUAAGGAAGGAUCAACAUUCCAUGUGUCACAACAACAAACCCCAACACUGAACUUUAAAGUGGAUCUCAUGGACAAAUUCAAUAGUGAUCUCUCCACCCCUCUGGUUGAACAACCAAUUGUUCUUCAUCAAGUCAGCACUAUGGAUGAAUUUGCUAAUGAAUACCAAGCACAUGUCUAUGUCAUCCAUUCACCGAAGCAGCAACACUGGUUCAAUCUAGAUCACGCUCAACAUUGUAGGGACAAAACGGCCCAAGCCAAAAGGUGUGACUUAGUGUUUGCUAAGGGUAAUAAUGUGCUGCUUAAGCUCCAGCCUCAUUGCCACUCUACAGUCCAACGUCGUAUUAACGCAAUGCUAGCUCCAUGGUAUUAUGGGCCUUUUAGAAUUUUGCAAAAAUUAAGUGCACUCGCUAACAAACGUGUGCUACCACCCACAUUUAGAGCACACCAUGUUUUUCAUGGGUCACAACUCGGGCAUGUUAAACAACACCAUGCUUUGCACUCCAGCCUUGAGGACAAGGCUGUUUCAUUAGCGGUCGGUAAUGAUACAAAUCAGGCAGGAAAGGAAAGUUAUCAAAUCAUUCUAGUGAUAGAAUUCAAGGAAGCAUAGAAUAAGGGAUUGACUGAUUUUAUGGAGAGUAUAAUUAGGAAUUGAAUAAUUAUGUAAUCAAUAAUUGAUGCUCCUACCUUAUUUUACAUAUGGUAAUAGAUUAUAAAUAGGGACUAUCUCUUAGAAGAGGGGGCAUACAGUAGAAUUGGAACAAUUAGCUCUAAGUAGCUGUGGGCAAGAAUUUAUUAUUGUUGGAGGGAUAUUCUUUGAAUUCCCUUGUUUUUCUUUCCUUUGGUUUUACUUUGGAUAUCAUAAUCUCCUAGAUUUCUUGAUCCUGUCUCUUUACUCUUAUCACAAUCAUACAGGCUCAAAAUCUUACUAUAAUAUCAACAAGACAUGUUUAAACGUUGAAGCACUUGACACUCUAACAGUUCUUUCAGGUAAACAUGUAAAAUAUUAUAUCAGAAAAUUAUGUUAUCAGAUGUAUGAGUAUGAACAUAAUAAGAAUUUUUAUCAGCAAAAUGCACAUAUAAGUUACAGCAAUCACAACUACAUAAAGUGAAUAAAAAUAGUCUGCAUGCUCAUCCAAACUAAUAACAGGUAAAUCAAAGACUUGAGUAUUAAUAACAGUUUACACCAUCAUGCUCCAUCACUAAGAUUUUCCUACUUUAUAUCAAAUUAUUAAUCAAAGAUAUUUGCAUGAACAACAUGAUUUC